AUGAGAAACACCACAGAAGUAACUGUUUUUCUUUUAGCUCCGCUGUCAGAUAAUCCACAGACACUUUAUUUUAUUUUUAUUAUUUUCCUUCUCAUCUAUAUGAAUACUCUUAUAAUAAACUCCUUAAUUAUCUUCUUGACUAUCACUGAUCCCCAACUUUACACCCCCAUGUACUUUUUUCUUGGAAACCUGGCAUUUUUGGACAUGUCCUGUUCAUCAGUCACUGCACCAAGGAUGCUCUCUGACUUCAUCACCACUAAUAACUCCAUAUCCUUUCCUGCUUGCAUGAUGCAAAUAUUUUUCAUAAUAUAUUUUCUAACUACAGAGCUUUUGCUGCUGGGUGCCAUGUCCUACGACAGAUUUGCUGCAAUCUGUCACCCUCUGCAUUAUAUUCAAAUUAUGUCCUGGAAUGUCUGUUUCCUGCUUUCAUCCAUGGUUUGGGUUUUGGGCUUCUUGUACUCCUUGCUACAUACACUUUGUUCACUAAGACUGACAUUCUGUGACUCAAACAUUAUCCACAAUUUCUUUUGUGACCUUCCUCACCUAUUCCAAAUUUCAUGUACUGACACUAACAUUAACAUAAUUGUCAUCAAUACUUUAGCAGGAUUCGUGGGACAUGUGGCUUUUCUUAUAACUUUUAUUCCAUAUACCCGUAUUUUCAAUACUAUCUUUAGAAUACGGACAAAGGAAGGAAAGAUUAAGGCGUUUUCCACUUGCACAUCUCACCUUACUGUGGUCUUUAUAUUCUAUGCUUCCCUUAUUUUCAUCUACGUUGUACCUAACACACAUUCUCUGUUAACUUUACAUAAGAUUAUGUCUGUAAUUUAUGCUCUAAUUAACCCUUUGCUAAAUCCCCUGAUCUAUAGUGUGAGGAACAGGGAACUUAAAGCAGCUUUGGGAAGGACUGUGCAACACAUUUCUUUGGAGGUAACUUUGAACUUUGACCUCACUCAUUGA